AUGCACUUUUUCUGGUUUCUCUGGCAACAUAUUCACAUUGUCUUCUUCCUUCUUUUUCCGUAUUCGCUUGUUCAAUGCAAACCAAAAAAGAAGUUUCAAGGCGAUUCUCGCGUGCAAUUAGUUGAUCAGAACACUCCAAUUAACGCCACUUCGAAAAAAGAUGCACAUCGUCCGAUUUCUCAAGCUGUUCCAAAAUCGAUGCCUCUGGAAAAGACGAAGGCAAAUGUUACGGAUGACACAUUGGCAAAUGUUGCAUCAAUUGCACCAGAUGUGUCAACUGGGAAGCCACCGAAACCAUGA